UGUGACUCAGCUCAUCAGGUUUCAUCAGCAUUAUUGUCACAUUACUGGAUCAUUGAGACAAACGGAAACUGCGAGGAGAAGACGACUGAACUGCUCCUGGACGAGUUGGAAAGGUACAUCAGGUAGCUUGAAGUACCCAUGGGCGAGAUGGCGAUGUUGGAUCCGCAGUGGGAAUGGUUCUGCGGUCGGAAUUCUUCCGACCUGAGCAGAUCAUCAGGGGACUGGCUGGGCAACACCUGCUUCGUGGACGGUCUCUCGGUGCUGCCACACGCUGCAUUCCUCGUACUCUCAUCUCUACUCCUCCUAGUGCUAGGAUGCUGCUCAGGCUACAGGAAGAUCCACACCAGGUACCUGAUUAUGCAUCCAGGACACGAGCUGAGAUGGCUACUUGGGGCAGUGACCAUCUUAGUCUUCGGUGCUUCUAUCGGCGAAGGCAUCCUGACGGAUGAGACCUACCGGGCCUUCGGGCAGGCCACCCAGCCGCAUCUGUACAUCUACGGCAGCACGGCCUUCCUGGCUAGCAUCCUGGCACUCAUCUACUACCAUCACAUGGAGUUGUGGCAAUCCCCGGCCAUGUCCCUCCUGCUGUUGGUCUACUGGUUGGCAGCAGCGGGCGGCGAAGGCAUCCGCAUGGCAAGCCUGGAGUACCAGAAGCAGAUUGACUUCAACGUGGUGCGAUUUGACAUCACCGUGUUGUUGCUCGUCUGCUUCGGUCUGCUCUUUCUAAUAGAGGUUUACGGCAUCAUAGUCAAGCUCUUCAAGUGCUUCGGCAGCGCCUCCGAUGAAGAUCUUCACGAGGAUCUGAAGAACUCCAACAUGCGCUACAUGAACUACAACGUAAACCUGGCGUCCUACUUGAGCUACUGGUGGGUCAAUUGGCUCUUAGCCGUCGGCUAUAAGAAGCCUAUUCAGAUCGAGGACCUGGGAGACAUUCCAACCAGGCACCGGGCUCGGCUGAAUCACCAGAUUUUCAGACGGGCCUUCCUCGAGGAAAAGGCAAAAGCACAGCGGAAAGGCAAGUCGCCUUCUCUUCUGAAAGUGUACGUCAAGGUGUACGGAUGGCGUAUUCUGGGGGCUGCAGUCCUGAAAUUUAUUGCGGACGUGUUAGCGCUUAUCGGCCCACUGUGCGUGGGAGGUAUUACAUCCUAUGUUAUCAGCAUCGUCUACCCAACAGGCGAACCACAGCCUCAACCUCACAGUGUCACCAUCACUGAAUACUUUGCGAACGGCUUCGUUUUGGUGGCUGUGCUGUUCCUGACGUCAGUCUCCAGACUCACGUGUCUCCAGACGAAUUUCCACUGGACAAUCCUGGAGAGCGUCAACGUUAGGACAGCAUUGCAGACGAUGGUGUACGAGAAAGCUCUGCGACUGUCGACCUACGCGACAACUGGAGGCAAGAUGACAAUGGGCCAGAUCACCAAUCACAUGUCGACCGACGCUAUGGCCGUCCUGUACAUGUUUCAGACUUUUCACUACCUGUGGGCCAUCCCUAUUCAGAUUACAAUGACUUUGGUGCUGCUGUACUUCCAGAUGGGUUUUGCGGCGCUGCUGGGCUUUGCAGUGUUUAUUCUCGUCGUACCAAUUCAACUUAAGGUUACCCAGGUGCUAACCCAGCGACAGAAAGAUAUUCUUGGCUGUUCUGACAAGCGUCUCAAGCAGUCCAACGAGUUACUGCAGGGCAUCAAACUGCUGAAGUUGUACGCCUGGGAGCAUAUCUACGGCAGAGCCAUCGAAGUCGUCCGCAAGCAGGAGCUCGGCUUUCUGAGGAAGAUCAACUUUGCUCUCAUUGUCACGAUGUUACUGACAUCUGCCACGCCAAUUUUGGUCACAUUAGUGGCGUUCGGAACCUACACCGCCCUCACCGGCCUACCGUUGACCCCUGACGUCACCUUCUCCUCUCUGGCUCUCUUCAACCAACUCGGGAUACCGCUCUUCCUCCUUCCCAUAUCCCUGGCCAUGACCGUCAAUGCAGUCGUCAGCACCAACCGCUUGCGGAAGUUCCUCCUGGCCCCUGAGGUCGAGGGAAACGAGUCCGCAUUGAUCGACGGAGAAAAACUACCGGUGAUCAAAUCGGCUAACGGCCAAGAAGCCAAUGUGGAGUUCCGCCAGCCUGGUGAGGUGACGAACGGUGGCAAGCUCAGCACGCAUAAUACCAUUGGGAUCCAGACCGGUGACGACAUAGAGCUAGUCAGCUAUGGGAACAAUGCCACGGACAGCAACGGGAACCCUGGGAAGGAGGGAGUGGUGAAUGGUGCGUUCAUCGCGCCAAAAGAUGGCGACGGUCUGAAACCAGACAUUGCUGUAAAGAUCACUAACGGCAAUUUCAUUUGGGAUCCGGAGGGCAGCACGCCCGUUAUGUCCGACAUCAACAUCGAGGUACCGGCGGGAAAACUCACCAUGAUUAUCGGUCAGGUCGGAUGUGGCAAGUCGUCGCUGCUGUCCGCCAUUUUGGGCGAGAUGACCACCCUCUCUGGAAAAGUGGAAAUAAACAGAGAAAAGGGAAGCAUAGCGUUUGCUGCGCAGAAGCCGUGGCUGCUGAACGCCUCGCUGCAAGACAAUGUGCUGUUCUCAAAGGAAAUGAACAGAAGAAGGUACAAGGACGUGAUAAGCGCCUGCGCUUUGAAGCCAGACAUCGACAUCUUACCAGCCGGGGAUCAGACAGAGAUUGGGGAGAAAGGAAUCAACUUGAGCGGUGGUCAGAAGCAACGAGUCAGUGUAGCCAGGACCAUGUACUCCGGAAGAGAUAUCAUUAUCCUGGAUGAUCCUCUGUCAGCUCUUGAUGUCCACGUUGGCCGCCAUCUUUUCGACGAAGGAAUCGUCAAUUGGCUACUGAGCAACAACCAGACGGUGAUUCUUGUCACACAUCAACUGCAGUACCUCAGCAGAGCUGAUCUGAUAAUUGAAAUAAAAGACGGGCGGGUAGCUGCUAUGGGUAGCCUGGAUGACGUUAUCAAGGCCGACCCCGAGACCUACAGCAGCUGGCAGCAGGAGGUGGAAGAGGCGGAAGGGGCGGGGUCAGACUCGGAGCAAGUGGUUGAGGCUGAAGAGGAACGGCAAGUCCUCAAGCGGCAGCUGUCCAAGAGGGAAAGCUUCGUCAAACAGAUCUCCAAAGACGAGGAAAAGAGUGGUGGCAAGCUGAUAGAGAAGGAGGAACAAGCCCGUGGCUCCGUGUCCAUCAAGGUGUACUUCUACUAUCUCCGGAGCGCCGGUUGGGGUCUCGUAGCCUUCGUGCUGUGCAUGACGGGCGUGACGUCAGCGUUAAGCAUCGGUAAUUCCUUCUGGCUGUCUGCCUGGUCCGAAGCGGGACUGUCCAAUGAGAGCGCGACCACGACAGCGGAGUACUUGGGUGGCUAUGCCGGUCUCUCUAUUUCAAUCAUAGUGGGUCAGAUCGUGUCCUACUCCUUACUCGUGAUAGCCGCCCUAGUUGCUGCGAAGAGUCUCCACCAGAACAUGCUACGCAACAUCAUACAAGUGCCACUGAGGUUCUUCGAUACUACACCGAUAGGAAGAGUUCUGAACCGAUUCUCAACCGACACUCAAUUGAUAGACAGCAGGCUUUCCCAGACGUUAAACAGUCUUCUUCAGUGUUUCAUGCAGUGUCUGGCUGCCAUCUUAGUCAACACCAUCGUCAUGCCUUUCUUCAUCGUCUUCAUUGUGCCUAUAGCCAUUGGUUAUUACUUCCUACAGAAGUACUUCAUCACAACCUCCAGAGAGCUUCAGCGCAUUGAUAGCACAAGUAAGUCACCCAUCUUUGCGUACUUUUCCGAGAGUCUUGGCGGAUUGUCCACGAUUCGAGCUUAUGGGGAUGGAAAGCGCUUCUACGACACGCUGAUAUCUCGCAUCGACAGGAACCUUGGACCCUAUUUGUACCUUCAAGCAGCAAACCGGUGGCUUGGUUUCAGACUGGAUUUCAUUGGCUCCUUGAUCGUGCUGUUGGCAGGCUUGUCCACACUAGUAGGUGCCCUCACGUUUGGCGUCGAUCCAAGUUUAGUGGGACUGGGUAUCACCUACUCCCUACAGGUUUCAGGGUAUCUUAAUUGGUUGGUAAGGAACGUGGCGGAAGCCGAAUUGCAGAUGAACAGCGUGGAGCGAGUCAAGUUUUACACUGAUGUCGAAAAUGAGCCCUAUGAAGGUAAGGAGCCUGCAUCUGAUUGGCCACUGGAGGGUGAGAUCAAAUUCGAAGACGUAUCCGUACGUUACGCCAAGGAUCUCGAUGCCGUGCUGAAGAAAGUCUCGCUGUGUUUCAAGAAAGGGGAGAAGGUUGGCAUCUGUGGCAGAACGGGUAGUGGAAAAUCAACUUUGACCCUGGCUCUACUCAGAGUAAUCGACAUCUUUGAAGGUCGAGUUCUAAUUGAUGAUGUUGAUAUCAUGACUGUUCCUCUCACAACAUUACGAAGCAAACUGUCCAUCAUCCCGCAGGACCCUGUACUGUUCACUGGUUCUGUCAGAAUCAAUCUUGAUCCGGAGAUGAAGAAAUCGGAUGAUGACUUGUGGCAGGCGCUGGAGAUUGCACAGCUCAAGGAGGUAGUCUCGCAGCUCGAAGGAGGACUGGACGCCAAGGUGACCGAGGGUGGGGAGAAUUUCAGCGUUGGUCAGCGGCAGCUGUUCUGUCUGGCUCGUGCCUUCCUGCGCAAGUCCCGGAUCCUCAUCAUGGAUGAAGCCACCGCCUCUAUAGACUUGGAGACGGACAAGAUUCUGCAGUCUGUAGUGGCCACGGCGUUUGCCGACAGAACGGUCUUAACUAUCGCUCAUCGCAUCGCAACCAUCAUGGACUCCGACAGCAUUCUCGUUUUGGAUGAUGGUCACUUAGCCGAAUAUGGCAGCCCAUCGGAACUCUUGGCCAAUGAGAAUGGGAUGUUUACAUCUCUAGUCAAGGAAUAGACCAAUCAUAUGAUAUAUUUUUGUCCUUAAAUAUUUCAGGGGGGUGGGCAUAUUACUAAUUACAAUACAUAUCAAACAAAAAGACACUGUUUCCAAUUUUAUAUUUUCAUUAAUCGUUUCAAUAAUUAUUUCCUUGUUGGAAACGCAAUCAGACGUAUGACCAUCUGCUAUAUUAAAAACAAAUAGCUGACUGGGACAUCAUUAAAAUUUGGUCUCAACCAUAAGCGCACAAACGCCACCAACUUAGUCAAAUUGUAA